GACCGCGCGCCAUGGAGACGCGAGAGCGGCGGCGCCGGCAGGCUCGGCUGCUGCUGAUGUUGCUGCUCUGCGGUGGGUGUCCCCGAGUGGGUGGCUGCAACGAGACUCGCAUGCUGGAGAAGCUGCCCCUCUGCGGGAAGGCCUUCGCCGACAUGAUGCACAAGGUGGACGUCUGGAAGUGGUGCAACCUGUCCGAGUUCAUCGUGUACUACGAGACCUUCACCAACUGCACGGAGGUGGAGACCAACGUGGUGGGCUGCUACUGGCCCAACCCCCUGGCGCAGGGUUUCAUCAGCGGCGUCCACAGGCAGUUCUUCGCCAACUGCACGGUGGACAGGACGCACUGGGAGGACCCCCCGGACGAGGUUCUCAUCCCGCUCAUUGCUGUGCCGGUCCUGCUGACCGUGGCCAUGGCUGGCCUGGUGGUGUGGCGCAGCAAGCGCCCUGACCAGCUGCUGUGAGGCUCGGCGGUCAGAGGGGCCGCGCCUAGAGAGAGGGAAGGCCGGGCCGGGGGCUGGGGAGCCGCCCAGGACCCGGACCCGGACCCGGCGGUCGUGGGCAGGCGUCACCCGGCCCCGCAGCUCACUGCAGUCAUGCUGCUCACCCAGGCUCUUCCUCUUUCUUGGGCUGGGGAAGAAAACGCACCAAGCCCGGAGCCCGAAUCGCUGCUGCUGUGCCCGCUGCCCAGGCUGGGUGUCCAGGCCAUUCCUUUGCAGAGCCCUGCCUGGCCCUGGCCGGGCCUCCUGCCCUCACCCUGCCGGGUCCCUGGCUCUGACUCCACCUCCCAAC